UACUCACACAUACAUUAUAUCAUAUAUCAAACAUGGCCACAAGGAUUGGUGUUCUUGUGUGUUUGUUGAUCGUAGUCAUGGACAUUGUAGCAGGGAUUCUUGGCAUCAAAGCUGAAGCAGCACAAAACAAGGUAAAGGAUUUCAAGCUAGGGAUAUUUGAGUGUAAAGAACCAAGCCAUAAAGCCUUUGUUCUAGGGUUGGUUGCUGCUACCCUCCUUUGUCUAGCCCACAUACUAGCCAACUUGCUUGGUGGGUGCACCAAUUGCACUACUCAGGAAGAGCUUCCAAAACCAUCCCAACACAGCAAAUUAUCAGUGGCAUGUCUCGUUUUUACAUGGAUCAUAUUGGCCGCUGGAUUGUCAAUGCUGGUCAUUGGGACCAAAUCAAACAAGAAGUCAAGGGGAUCAUGUGGUUUCACUCACCAUUACAUUUUGUCCACUGGAGGGACUAUGUGCUUUUUUCAUUGUCUGCUUUGUGUUGCAUAUUAUGUUUCUGCCACUGCUACUCAUUCAUGAAGA